CACAGAGCAGCAACACAAGCAGCAACACUUUAUAUCUCAACAAUUAUUUGAUCUGAACCCAUCCGCUUCGAGGUUAGAGGUUAGAAAUACUUCCAACUAUUCAAAUCUGCACUUGGCAUCGCCAUGGAGAAGAUGAUCCAGGUACUUCUUGUCGUGACUGUAGGAAGAGCGUUUGGUAAAUAUGCUUUUGUAGAUGAGGAGAAGACUUGGACAGAUGCUCAACAAUAUUGCAGACAAUAUUAUACUGAACUAGCUUCUGUCAGUGGACCAGAGGAUGACUUGAAACUCAGACAGGCAACCAAUAUGUUCAGCUGGAUUGGACUUUACAGAGAACCCAACAAUGAAACAGGCUGGAAGUGGUCAGGUGGUGGAUAUGCAACAUACCUAAACUUUAAGUCUGGCCAACCAACCAAUGAACCGGAGGAAUUUUUUGGUUGCACGAGUUGGCAUGGAUGGUAUGAUUAUUAUGACGUUCCAGCAACUUUCUACUGCUUGAGUCUGUUUGUGGUGAGAGAGCCCAAGACGUGGGAAGAGGCUCUGGAGUACUGCAGGGAGCAGUACACUGACCUGACCAGCCUGCUGUCAGAGACGGAGAUGCUUCUGGCCCACAGGGAGAUCCAGGAGCAGGCCCAGACGGCGCUGGUGUGGACGGGCCUGCGCUUCCUGGGGGACCGCUGGCUGUGGGUGAACGGGGACCCUGUGGACUACCAGGCCUGGCCCCCUGGUGGAGGGCACCAGUGCCCAGCUAGAAACCUCCGCUGUGGGGCGGUGGGGAAGGCGGGACCCUGGGAGGCCCAUGACUGCCAGGAGAAACUCAGCUUCAUUUGCUACUGAAUGAUCUUGAUAAAUAUAUAAGCAGAGCUAGAUUAAAAUCUGCAUGAAAAUACUUGUAUAGAUGUUCUACUAACCUUAUUGUUAGGAGUGUCUAAGGACAAUUUUAGAUGAUACAAGUUUCCAUAUUUUUGGGGUCAAUUCCAUAACAGACAGUAAAAAUACUAUACUUCUUAUACCUCACUGGGAUUUUCCUACAAUACUUUGUCCCAAGAAUUAUUUGAGUAGUGGUUCUGUUUGUAAUCAGAGUUUAUGUUGACCUACUUUACCUCUACACCUCUUUCUUAUGUUGUGUUACAAUUGUAUAUGCAGGUUAUUUUGUGUUUAUUGUAUUCUAUCAUAUGAUGUGUGUAUGUCUGACAAAUUAAAGGUACAAACUGAAUAAAUGAGCAGAGAAAAUACUUCCAGACAGGUGUACUGCGGAGUCAGAUGUCUGAGUGGUGAAGGAGUCGGACUAGUAAUCAGAAGGUUGCCGGAUUGAUUCCCCGCCAAGCCAAAUGA